CUUGCGGCUGGAGCAGGCGGCUCGCCUCGGCUGCGCCGGGCACACCUCGCCAGGGGGAGGACGCGGACUCGCGCAGGCCGGGAUGUCGGCGAAGGAGAGGCCAAAGGGCAAAGUGAUCAAGGACAGCGUGACCCUCUUGCCCUGCUUCUAUUUCGUGGAGUUGCCUAUAUUGGCAUCAUCGGUGGUUAGCCUGUAUUUCCUUGAACUCACAGAUGUCUUCAAACCUGUGCACUCCGGAUUUAGCUGCUAUGACCGGAGUCUUAGCAUGCCGUAUAUUGAACCAACCCAGGAGGCAAUUCCAUUCCUCAUGUUGCUUAGCUUGGCUUUCGCUGGACCUGCAAUUACGAUUAUGGUAGGGGAAGGAAUUCUCUACUGUUGCCUGUCCAAAAGAAGAAAUGGUGUUGGACUGGAGCCCAACAUUAAUGCCGGAGGCUGCAACUUCAACUCCUUCCUUAGAAGAGCCGUCAGAUUCGUUGGCGUUCAUGUGUUUGGACUGUGCUCUACAGCUCUCAUUACAGAUAUCAUACAGCUCUCCACAGGCUAUCAGGCACCAUACUUUCUGACCGUGUGCAAGCCAAACUACACCUCUCUGAAUGUGUCUUGCAAAGAAAAUUCCUACAUUGUAGAAGAUAUUUGCUCAGGAUCUGAUCUUACAGUGAUCAACAGUGGCAGAAAAUCGUUCCCUUCUCAACAUGCGACCCUCGCUGCUUUUGCUGCUGUGUACAUUUCGAUGUACUUCAAUUCGACAUUAACGGAUUCCUCUAAGCUUCUGAAACCUCUCUUGGUCUUCACGUUUAUCAUCUGUGGGAUCAUCUGUGGGCUAACACGAAUAACUCAGUAUAAGAAUCACCCAGUUGAUGUCUAUUGUGGCUUUUUAAUAGGAGGAGGAAUUGCUCUGUACUUGGGCUUGUAUGCUGUGGGGAAUUUUCUCCCUAGCGAAGAGAGUAUGUUUCAGCACAGAGAAGCCCUCAGAUCUCUGACAGACCUCAACCAAGAUCCCAGCAGAGUAUUAUCUGCUAAAAAUGGUAGCAGCAGUGAUGGAAUUGCUCACACGGAAGGCAUCCUCAACCGAAACCACAGAGAUCCCAGCUCCCUGACAAACCUCAAAAGGGCAAACGCUGAUGUAGAGAUCAUCACUCCACGGAGUCCCAUGGGGAAGGAGAACAUGGUUACCUUUAGCAAUACCCUGCCUAGAGCCAACACCCCAUCUGUAGAAGACCCUGUCAGAAGAAAUGCCACCAUUCAUGCCUCUAUGGAUUCUGCUCGUUCAAAACAGCUUCUUACCCAGUGGAAGAAUAAGAAUGAAAGCCGGAAGUUGUCCUUGCAAGUUAUAGAGUCUGAGCCUGGACAGUCACCACCCAGAUCCAUAGAAAUGAGGUCAAGCUCAGAGCCCUCCAGAGUAGGGGUGAAUGGAGACCACCAUCCUCCCAGCAAUCAGUACCUCAAGAUCCAGCCUGGCACUGUCCCCGGGUGUAACAAUAGCAUGCCUGGAGGACCACGAGUGUCCAUCCAGUCCCGCCCUGGGUCCUCGCAGUUAGUGCACAUCCCCGAGGAGACACAGGAAAACAUAAGCACCUCUCCCAAAAGCAGCUCUGCUCGGGCCAAGUGGUUGAAAGCUGCAGAGAAGACCGUGGCCUGUAACAGAAGCAAUAGCCAGCCCCGAAUAAUGCAAGUAAUAGCAAUGUCCAAGCAGCAGGGUGUCCUCCAAAGCAGCCCCAAGAACACGGAAGGCAGCACUGUCUCCUGCACUGGCUCCAUCCGCUACAAAACCUUAACAGACCACGAACCCAGUGGGAUCGUAAGAGUUGAGGCUCACCCCGAGAACAACAGGCCCAUCAUACAGAUCCCAUCCACCGAAGGCGAAGGUAGUGGCUCCUGGAAAUGGAAAGCCCCUGAAAAGGGCAGCCUUCGCCAAACUUAUGAGCUCAACGAUCUCAACAGGGACUCAGAAAGCUGUGAGUCCCUGAAAGACAGUUUUGGUUCCGGAGACCGCAAGAGAAGCAACAUCGAUAACAAUGAGCAUCACCACCAUGGAAUCACCACUAUCCGUGUCACCCCAGUAGAGGGCAGCGAAAUUGGUUCAGAGACGUUGUCUGUUUCUUCCUCCCGCGACUCUACCCUGCGGAGAAAGGGCAACAUCAUCUUAAUACCUGAACGAAGUAACAGCCCCGAGAACACUAGAAAUAUCUUCUACAAGGGAACCUCCCCAACACGGGCUUAUAAGGAUUGAGUGGUGGGAUUCAGUCACGUGAGCGAUCCCCUCCCUCCCCCCUAAGGACCACGUGUUGAUUCUCCCUGUGCUCUGUUUCAGCGGAUUGGGAAGCCUUCUCUUCAUUUUGGGUCAUUUUACCAUCAGCUCCGAACUCAAUGACUUUUGAGAACUACUAAAUGCAAGCUUGUAGAUUUCACAUCAAGGGGAGGGGCAAAGCACAAAGCAAGAACCUAAUUAAUAUGAUAAUGUGAAGAAUCUGAAGACCUAUCUUCAAACUUAAAAGGUUUGCAGAAGGCAGUAUCAGAAGUGGUUUCCUUCAGUGUAUACUAUUUUACUUCCUGAAUGUGCCAACUUUAGGGAUUUUUCUUUAUAAUUAGCUGUGGGAAUCCAGAACACGUUUCCCUACAGCAGAGGCCAUGCAGUAUUAUAUAUUCAUUUUGCAGAAUCUGCGCCUACAGCCCAGUAAGGGUGGUGCUGAUUAUAUAGUACACAUACCAUGUAAACUCUCAAAUUCUAUUUAGCUGUGAAAUAGUGGUGUGCAAUUCCUUGUCAAAGAAAUGCUUCUGUAUUAAGAAGAUGCUGGCUGCUUUGUGUUAGAAUAGGACACCCCGCAGCUUCUCUGUAGUGUCACCGUCAAAAAAUGAAAAGGUUUUGUGCAUUUCCUCAUUUUUCUGCUUUCUUCAACAACAAAAAAUGUGUAGGAAUAUUUUCAGUGAAAGGGAAUAACUAGUACUUUUCUACAUAGUUGUUUUUUUGCUACUUACUUUUUAUUUAAGUGU